UAAUAUCCAAGUCUGCUAAGUCUCUAAAUAGCACAGACUAGUAUUCAAAACAACACAAACUAGUAUCCAGAUAGCAGAUACCAACUAAUAUCCACAACCAACCAACUAGUAUUCAAUAUGGAUACUCUUAUGGGUUAUCUGGAUACUCUAAUGUGUUAUCUGGAUACUAAUUAUGUGCUGUUACUAUUCUGUGUUGUUUAGAUAUUAGUUUGUGAAUUUGGGAUACUAGUCGAUUCAUGGUGGAUAUCAGUUAGCAAACUUUGAAUACUAGUCUGUGCUCUCUAGAUACUUUAUUACUUGGAUAUUAGUUCAUGUAUUUUAGAUAUCAGUUAGUAUAUGCUAACGAAUCUUCAAGUUAGCAUAUUAACUUUCCCGCCUUUUUCCCACUUUCUCCCGUCCAAACAUUGGCUUCCCCCAUCAGCUGCCUCCCUUUUAUCGGCUGGACUAAAAAACCCCAAAAAAAGCAACUAAAAUGGGCCCGUCUCUUGCAACCGUUGGAUCUCGGCUGGGCUUGCGUGGACAAGGACAACAUCCAUGUCGUGUCAGCAUCUCCUAACAAAAACAUCAGUUAGGAGACUAACUUUUUCGGGUUGAGACGGACAUCGUAGGAACUGAGGACAGCAGCAUGAAAUGCUACCGUGAGCCGGGUAGGUGACAUCUCUGCUAACGCGCACUACGUGUCGACGACGGCAGUCGGGUAGGAGUUUCACGACGGCGACGAUCGAAGAAGUCCAAGAAAAAAAAAAAAAAAAAGAGAGCGGCAAAGCGUACAGGCUCCAGUAAGUGGAUUGGGCCAUUAUGGACUCCGCCAUUUUGGGCCGAUCAGCCCAGUUCCCUGGGAAAGCAAUUCCAUUGAAGGGAUGGCUGAGUGGUUAUGAUUUUUGGUUCGCUCGAAAACGAGUAGGUCCUGGGGUAAUAUCACAAUUCACAACACGCUACACGCUCAAAACUUUACGGGUUAACCGAAGAAGCAAAGAUCGAGACGCGGAAGAGGAAUAGCUCAAAUGGUCAAUUACUUACUCGUAGGCAGAUCUGCAGUUAACAAAUCCUUUCCCUUCCCACCUGCCCGGCUGCCCCACUCUCCUCCACUCUUUUAUAUUACCCCACUGCCCGGGCAAAGCAAGAACAGGCAACUGACCCAAAGAAGAUAUUCCUUUUCUCCUCGACCCCCAAAUUGGACGAACACCAAAUCCGAUUUUCCCUCCAUUUCCGACCGCCGAUCAUGUCUGGUUACCCUUACCACCCUCCGUCCGGCUACGGAUACGGCCCUCCUCCACCGUCUCAACCCUACGGCUCAUCCGGCGGUCCUCCACCGCCACAACCCUACGGCUCAUCCGGCGGACCUCCACCGCCGCAACCCUACGGCUCGGCUCCCUCGUACGGCGCUCCACCGCCUAAUCAGCAGUCUCACGGUGGGCCCCCGCCGCCCCAAUCGUACGGCUCCUCUCCCUCGUACGGCGCUCCACCGCCCAAUCAGCAGCCCCACGGCGUGCCUUCGGCUCCAUACGCCGCACCGUACGGAGCCCCGCCGGGUGGGGACAAGCCGCCGAAGGAGAAGCCAUACGGCGGUGCCUCUGUUCCCGUAGGAGGCGGAGGCGGAGGUGGAUAUCCUCCGUCAGCGCCGUACGGUAGCCCAUUCGCUUCCCUUGUCCCGUCGGCGUUCCCUCCAGGGACCGAUCCCAGCGUCGUGGCGUGCUUCCAGAUGGCCGAUCGGGACGGGAGCGGCUUCAUCGACGACAAGGAGCUCCAGAGCGCGCUGUCUAGCUACAAUCAGAGCUUCAGCUUGAGGACCGUUCACUUGCUCAUGUACCUCUUCACCAACAGCAACAACAGGAAGAUCGGUCCAAAGGAGUUCAUACAAGUAUUCUACAGCCUUCAGAGUUGGAGGGGCAUCUUCGAGAGGUUUGAUAGGGAUAGGAGCGGGAAGAUCGAUACUAACGAGCUGAGGGAGGCACUGUUGAGUUUGGGAUUCGCAGUCUCCCCAGUUGUUCUGGACUUGUUGGUGUCUAAGUUUGACAAGUCGGGUGGCAAGAACAAGGCCAUCGAAUAUGACAACUUCAUCGAGUGCUGUCUUACUGUCAAGGGACUGACGGAGAAGUUCAAGGAGAAGGACAUGGCGUACACAGGUUCAGCUACAUUUUCGUACGAGACUUUCAUGCUAACGGUCCUGCCGUUCCUUAUUGCAUAAGAGACGAGCGAAAGUUAUAAAAGAGUCAAAAGGCUUUGGGUAACCCUUUGAGAGGCAGAAGCUUCAUGAAUUCUACUGAAGAGACAUGUGAGAUGUUGUAUUUUCUUUGGUGGGUUGUAUGUUUCAAUUUUCAUGCUCGUGUAUGUGAUGAAUGUUUGAAGCCAGUUUCCUUGUGCGAGUUUAGUAGAGAGUUGUAUUGCAUGGUGCUGGCCUGAUGACUGAUGAGGAGGAUGAUGGUGUUGCAGACAAUUGGGUUGUUUUUCGAGGACUUGAUUGCAAAUAGAAAUAGUUUUAUUUUCAUUUCCUCCUCGGUUUCUCAAUAAGAGGCGACAAAAGCGCGAUAUAGGCCAUUGGGCCUCUCUUUGAGAUUUGGCCCAAAAUUCCGUUAUUCUCAAAGGCCCAAUCCUCAAUUUCUCAUGUCCAUAACAUAACGGAAGAGGAUUGUGUUCUUGUGAAGGUUGGUCAUGCUUUUUCUUGUUAAUUCAUAAUUGAGAACUUCAUGCUUUCUAUUGCUGAGAGGACGAUGAGUGAAAACACGAGAUCAGAGUAAGGGGAAUAGAUGAGCACUGUCGUUGUCCGUGGUAUGAUUUAUGUCAAAAUAUCUAAAAUGUGGUCUACACAUGGCUCCCUUGUCACAUUCAUUUAUUGAGAAUUUCAUGUUUUGUAUCGAGAGAGGAUGAUGAGCAAGAACACGAGAUCAGCGCCAGGGGAAGGGCAAAGCAUCAUCGUUGUUUGCUAUCUAUGUUCAGAUAUCUAGAAUGUGAUCUACACAAAGCUCCUUUGCCAUGUCCAUCUUGUCGAAUGUGGCUUCGUGUGCAAGAACUGGCCCCGAAUCUACUCGUCCAAUGAACUCUAAAGAGGUUAAAGAGGUUCAAGGUAAAUAUGAUACUAGAAAGAUGUGAUAUUAUAAUUUGAGUCAUUGUACCUGAGCAUUUAGGUGAUGUAGCCAUGUCUUCAAGAUGCCAGUAUUUGUACUUCGUAUCUCAUUACUAGUUAAUACUCGUGUUGUUGACGAUAUCAUCCAAUCAAAAUGUACCAUGGGUUUCCUUCUCAUGGUUCAAAAAGGCCCUUUCAAGGCAAUACAUCUUUGUGUUUGUAGCCACAUCAUUCUAAAAUAGAUUAGGACAAUGUUUUUGCAUCUACAACAUGUGUGUGCUUCCACUAUGUUUGUCAAACCAAUAAGUUCCUUGACUUUGGACACAAGGAGUGUAAUUAGUAAUUACUCCAAUGCUCGGGAGGACUAAACUGUUAAGGUUUAUUUAUUAAUUUGCAUGUAAUUUCGAAAUAUAAAUUAUGAUACUGCGUCGUGAUCAAAAUACUGAAUUUGACAAACAAAAUUGGGUAAAACUUUUACAAUAUCGUGCUGAAAUUCCAAUUAUGUGGAUUUAUCUACAAUAAUAAAUUCAAAACAACUUCAAGAAUAUUUUUGUUUACUUCCUCAACCUCAAGUUAGUUUGACCUCCGAUGACUUUGUGUUCGUACAAACAGAGACAAAAGCAAACGAUUGCUUUCUCAUGCCGACCUGAAUAAGGACACAGGCGUAAUACGUGGUGGAAACCCAAGAACUGGGCAACGAACAGUGAGCGGAUACGGAGCACAGAAAAGUAGGUUCUCUCUAGUCAAGAACUCUUUCUCCCUCGAUUCUUCAAUUCCACUGACUGACUCGUUAUCUCCUUCAUUUCCUUCUGCGCCCUCUCCCUGUCUCUGUGGCAUACGCGGCCUUCAGGAGGAGGCGAUGGCGGCGUCGAUGAAGAUCAUCUUCGGCCUCCUCACUUUCGUAACCGUCGGGAUGAUUAUCGGUAAUCCUCAUAUCCAUUGCCGCUGCUCCGCCGAUUUCCCUUGCUUCCAUUUCAUAUUGGGUCUAUCAACUUGCUUUGCUUUUCAUGCCUGAUGUGAAUUGCGCGCGUAAUUUGAAUAUAUUAGAGCGACAUUUGGACGAUUCAAUGUGUUUUCCAGUUUGAUCGAAUGGUACAUCGGAAGUAGCUGUAGCUGCUGUGUGUUAUUAGGCUUUCUCUCGCGGCAUUUUAGUCGGUUUCCGUUGCCUGAAUAUCUACGGCCAUGGAUUGCUUGAGUUGUCUUCUGAACGGGAUCUAAAAUUCCGUUUGCUUACCUAUUGGGAUUGGUCAUCUUAUGUGAAAUGAUUUUCAGACCAUUUUGAUUCAAGUAUGGCUAUAAGCGCUCAAUUGGUCUUUUUUUUUUUUGUGCAGUUUUGGUAUGAGUAAACACUUUCAUUCCUUUUUAUAUCUUGUGUGAUGCUUUUGCUUAUUUGGUAGCAUGUGUCCUGUGAUGGCAGUGAUUGACUAACUUGACUCUUAACCAUUGAAACAUCAAUUCGAAUUUGCGCUGCAGGUGCGUUAUGCCAGUUAUCAUUUAUAUGGAAGCUGGAAGCCUCGAAUGGUAUCCGUCCCUCUCUUUCUGGCUGUUGUGAAUUCUUUCUGGCUGUUGGAUUUGAAAUCUUAUCUCAAUCAUGAAUGGACGGUAGAUCUAUUGUCAUCAUCAGAUGGUUUUUCCUGAAAUGAACUGACUAUGGAUUUGGUUAUCUCAGUAAAAAAUGAUAUUUAAG